AUGGCCGCGGGCGGCUCGGGCAGCAGCAGCGGCGGCGGCAGCGCGGAGGAGAAGAGCUACCGCCGCUUCCUCGAGCUGUUCUUGGGCGAGUUCCGCGGGCCCUUCGGGGCAGAGCCGGCGCCGGCUCCCCCUCCCGCUGCCGCCGCCCCGGCCGCCGCUGACGAGGACCCCGGGGCAGAGGGAGAAGCGGGAACGGCCGCCGAGGCGGAGGAGGGCGAGGGCGACGCCGGCGACCCUCAGCCGCCUGCCCCGCCGCCGCCUCCCCCGCCGCUGCCCCUGCCCCGGCCGCUCUCGGAGUACAUCACGGAGGAGGAGGUGGAGGGCGAGUGCCUGGACCUCUGCCUGCAGCAGCUCUACAAGUAUAAUUGCCCUUCAUUUUUGGCUGCUGCUUUAGCUAGAGCAACUUCAGAUGAAGUCCUUCAGAGUGAUCUUUCGGCACACUACUUACCAAAGCACGUGGACAAUGCAGAUGGGAUCAUACAGAUUGAGACAGUGAAGCUAGCCCGCUUAGUUUUUAGCAAACUGCAUGAGAUCUGCAGCAACUGGGUGAAAGACUUUCCGCUCCAGCCGAAGCCCCACCGCUACUACGAGACAUCCAUCCAUGCCAUCAAGAAUAUGCGCAGGAAGAUGGAAGACAAGCACGUCUGCAUCCCAGACUUCAACAUGCUCUUCAACCUUGAGGACCAAGAAGAGCAAGCUUAUUUUGCAGUGUUUGAUGGUCACGGGGGAGUGGAUGCUGCCAUCUAUGCCUCCAUCCAUCUCCAUGUGAACAUGGUCCACCAGGAGAUGUUUCAGCAUGACCCGGCAGAAGCGCUGUGCCGAGCGUUCCGGGUGACCGAUGAGCGCUUUGUCCAGAAGGCAGCCAGAGAGAGUCUGCGUUGCGGAACCACCGGGGUGGUGACUUUCAUCCGAGGAAAUAUGCUGCACGUGGCUUGGCUUGGGGACUCCCAGGUUAUGCUCGUGAGGAAAGGCCAAGCUGUGGAACUGAUGAAACCCCACAAACCAGAUCGAGAGGAUGAGAAGAAGCGCAUUGAGGCACUUGGUGGCUGUGUGGUCUGGUUUGGAGCCUGGAGGGUGAAUGGGAGCCUGUCAGUCUCCAGAGCUAUUGGGGAUGCUGAGCACAAGCCAUAUAUCUGUGGGGAUGCAGACUCUGCCUCCACUGUACUAGAUGGCUCUGAAGACUACCUCAUUUUAGCCUGCGAUGGCUUCUAUGACACAGUCAAUCCCGAUGAGGCAGUCAAAGUGGUGGCUGACCAUCUAAAGGAGAAUAACGGCGACAGCAGCAUGGUAGCACAUAAAUUAGUGGCAUCUGCUCGGGAUGCCGGUUCCAGCGACAACAUUACUGUCAUUGUGGUAUUUCUCAGGGACAUGAACGCAGCAGUCAAUGUUAGCGAGGAGUCGGACUGGACAGAGAACUCUUUUCAAGGUGGGCAAGAAGACGGCGGGGAAGAUAAGGAAAACCACGGAGACUGCAAACGACCGUGGCCCCAGCACCAGUGCUCAGCACCUGCAGACCUAGGGUAUGAAGGACGAGUGGAUUCCUUCACCGACAGAACUAGCUUAAGCAUAGGGUCCAGCGUUAACCUGUUUGACGAUCAAGGCUAUUUAGACCUGACAAAACCAGAAACUAGUUCACCUCAGAGUGCCAAAUGUCUGCCGCCAAUUCAAGCGUUUAGUCCCGGCAUACCAAAGAGUGCGAAUUUGUUCAACGGCUUAGCAGUGAAGAACGAAUCACCAGAGCGCACCGCGUCAUCGAUCCGUGGACAGAGCGAUCCCCGGGAGUACAACGCUCCUCUUAGUUUGGGUGCUGCAGGGCAGAGCAUCUACAGGGUGAAGGGUUUAUCCCCCAUCUUCUUUGGGCUGGAAGAUGAACUGUUCAAAUCCUUGGGAAAACGAGCUGCGUUCUUUCACUUCCGGCUCUGUACCGGGAAGAGGCGACCAGGAGCCAGGCUCAAACCAAAGUUUCACACGCCGCUCUUGGCUCGUGAGCCUUCCCAUAGAGAAGGAUCGAGUCUGUCCUUACCCGUCCGGGGCCGCGGUAGCAGGAGGUUGUCGGUAAGACACUCCCCGUGGUGGAGCCUGGCUAGUCAUAGCGCUUACAGCGAGAGCGUGUUUUUGAUGCAACAAAGUAAUUGUAUACCAGAUUCAUACCUUCAUCAAUGCUGUAAAAUGUAACCAUCUCCCUCGUGUUCCCCCGUCAGACUCCCAGAGUAGACAUUCCCAAAAUAAA